ACACUUCUCAUAUUUGCCAUUCCCUGGCAUGUUCCAUUAAUCCAUUCUAAUUUUUGCAUAUCUUCGCCUCAGUUUCUUCAGUCUCAACAUAUCAUGACCCUUAAAAUUAGAAACAAAGUUGAGAGAUAAACCCCAUCUUAAAAUCCUCAACUGUUUUGCUCCCCCCCUCCUUUUUCAGCUUUGCUUUGCUAAUCUUCUUCUCAUACCCUACCUUUUUCUCCCAACACCUCAAUCCACCCAUAUUUUUCACAACUUCAAACUCUCAAAAAUGUGGAUGGUGGGUUACAAUGAUGGUGCUGAGUUGAACAUGCCUGAUUCCUUCAAUGGCAGGAAGCUUAGGCCUCUCAUUCCCAGAUCCCUACAUUCUGCAAGCAACUAUUCCAGAACCCAUACCCUUGGCGCCAACUUCUUUUCACUAAAUCACCAUCUGCCAACUAUGGGUGAUCAAAGCAAGAGGGAUUUCAACGUACAACCUGUUGUUGUCAGCUCAAGGUGGAAUCCGACGCCCGAGCAGUUAAGGACCCUUGAAGAACUGUAUAGGCACGGUACUCGAACACCCUCCGCCGAUCAAAUUCAGCAUAUUACCUCACAAUUGCGUAGGUACGGGAAGAUUGAAGGGAAGAACGUGUUCUAUUGGUUUCAGAAUCACAAGGCAAGGGAGCGCCAGAAAAGGCGCCUUCAGAAGGAUUCAGCUACUGAUGAACAUGGCCAUAAUAUCGACAUAUUUGAAAGGAAAGAUUUAGAGGCAGACCAGACAGGGUAUGAAGUUGAUCAGGGCAAGAACUGGACAACCUCUAUGAAUUGCAGUACAAUAGCAAAGGAAUCUGUCUUAAUGCCAAGGGCAGUAAAAGCAGCGUUGACAGAGUGUAGAUCGGAUGGAUGGAUCCAGUUAGAUGAAGCAGAAUUACACUACAGGAGGAACAUUAUGGAAAGGAAUGGCUUCACCAACCUCAUAAACACAGCCAGUACCACCACCGCCACCACCACUGCCACCUUCUCCACCCCUGCCACCAUCACUGCCACAGCCAUGGCACCAUUAGCAACUGCCAUAAGUUCAAUCAGGACACAUGACCUUUUGAACAUAUUUUUGGCAUCAGAAAGAGAGCACAACAAUGGAUUAAUUAGCCACUUGAGCUACCUUAGAAAUGAUGAAGAGGGGUGUGGGGGAUCUCAAACCCUUAAACUCUUCCCCCUUUGUAGUGAAGACAGUAGCGAUAACACCACUAAGAAAGAGACUGAGAUAUCAGUGGCUGCCAUGAAUGAUAACUUAACCCCUUACCAGUUCUUUGAGUUCCUCCCAUUGAAGAACUAGACUUUACCGCUGUAGAGGGAAUUUCACUUUGCCAUGUAUGUAAAACAAUGGUAAUGUUUAGUUUUCGUAUUUUGUUGGGAAUUUGAAACUGUUUUUCUUAUACCCUUGAUGUUUACAUAUCAUGGAAAUGGUGCCAUGGUAGGAUGUGGAUGGCUUGAAACAAGGGUUAUCCUAAAAUGCAUUUGGACCAUGUUGGUUUUUCCAAUGGAAAAAACAAGAUUAGGGGAAUAUUUCAGAAUACGGCUUUGUUUGAGUAUCUAAAUGUGUCUUGAGGAUAGAGAAAGAAAAUUGAGUUUCACCC